AUGGCCGACUUUUAUUUGAUCGAAAACAAUCGCGCAGAGCGGACGCAAACUUGAUCGCUGCUCCCGGGUGUUAAGAUUGUGUGAAGACUUUGGCGACCUGCGUCGACGUACGGCAGCAAAGAAAAAGCUGUACUGUUUGCCGCAGACGGAUCGGCAUCGGCUGGCAGCAAUUAAAACUGAUUUGUUAUUAUCGAGCAAAAUAAAAGCGAAACCCCGUACAUCGUUCGCGUAGCAUAAUAGUGUGGUGCGAUCGUGCGAUAACCCCCCAAAAAAUUGUAAGCGAAGUUUGUCACAGUGAUAUGCUGCCAAACAAAACACCCGACAAGACACGAUCAUCUCGGUUGUAUUGUGCGUGCGCGCGCGCAUUGUUUAGAAAGGAACUUGCGGGCGUUUUAUUAUUCGCUGUGUUUGUGUGUGCGUGAAUAGAAAUGUGGGAUUUGAUUCCAUAAUUAACAGGCCCGAUAACACAGUCUUGAAGCAUGGUGAAGAUCGCGCACCGAUGCUGGGAAACGUCAAAGUGAGGCUGCCUGUGUCUUGUCUUGUCAUAACACUCAGUGGGCGCAUUUACAAGGAAAAAGUGCGUCGGUGUAAAGCAUAGCAAAACACACAUCGUACGAGAUUAUCGUUGGUUGGCGGCGGCUGUCAUAAUCAAGCUUUUGUCGGCGGCAACAGUCAAAGGAGGAUCGUCGUUUGAAGAUAAACAAAUCACGAUGUGUGCGAUGCAUACGUCACACGAAAAUCAUUGAUUGUUAGCAACACGUUUUUUACCGACGGUACCAUUCGUUCGAACACUGGAUUUUAUUGGCAGGUGGUGCAAAUGAUGGUCCGAUGUGGAUGUAAACAGCGCUCUUUACUGAAGACAAGUCACGGUACAUUGAAUGAUCAGUAUUGAAGAUCGAGUUGAUAGAAAAACUCUUCUGCAGGUAGUGUCACAGCCUCUAGAAUCAAACAGUGUGCACACGGCUAUAUAGAUGCAUGCAUGGCUCACCGUGUGUGUGUGUGUACCCUUUGCGUCCUUCCGAUCGUUUAUGUUUAUGCUUCAGGGCUUAUGCACUUCCAUGGCGAGCAUGCGAGAGAGACAAGUAAGACAUAAAUAACAUAACUACCGAAAACAAGUGAGCAAAAGGGAGAACUCAACUUCGACCUUACCAACAACACAAGAAGAAGAGGAAGAAGCAAACACGCGUGUGGAGUUGAAAGAAAGCCCAUCGGGUUGAACAGGAGAGUGCGAGUGGAAAAGUGAAGCAACAGAGCAACAGCAAACCUCCGAACAAAACAAGCAGAAGCGAAGGAGACAAGGCACAAAAUUGUGGAAAAGGAAGAACGUACCGAAGUGGGAAAAAAGGGCGAAGAGAAAGAAGAAGAAACUAACCGCCCGAAACGAAAGGCGGAAGGGCGAACAUACCGAGAUCUUUCCGUUUUCGAAGAAAACAAAGUGUACGGAGGUUUGUUUUUUUUCUCUCUCUUUUUUUUGGGGGUAGAAAAAAUCGACCCUAAACGUGCGUCUGUGUUUGAUGGUUCGUGAGUGUGUGAGUGAGUGUUUUCCUUGAUCUUUUUUUGGACCACCUCGAACGCGAAGACUCAAUACCCGCCACAAGAUACCUCUGGGCGGCUCAGAAAGGGCCGUGUCGUCGAUUCGAGUGCCGUGCCCCGUCGUUUGGCUGAAACGAAACGCAUCUUGUGCGAGCCGGAAGAAUCGGAAGCAACGGGUGUUGUUGCGUGUGCAGUGUGUUGUACGUGUGUGUGGUGCAUUCUGUUUCUGUGUGCGGUGUGUGCUGUGCUGAUGUGCAAAAGUGUCAUUUAUGUAAAAAAAAACGUGUUCAGUAGGUGUGUGAUUAGCACCAGUAGCCUAAUGCAGGUGGUUGCAUUUUGUUCGGGAAAGGUGGUUUUGUAGCCUAGCAAAAUCAAUAGCAGUGCAGUGUCCAAACGUCCAAACAACCGAACAACCGCCUGAUGGUAGUUAUCUAGCAUAUCCAUGGGAAGAUGUGUCACUCAACCGUCGCGGCACGUGUGGUGAUCUAUGCUUUCGAUUUAAAUUUCUCUCUAAAUCUCCGAGAGUUUGGUGCGCAGUGGUGUUAAAGCAAGUGGCGUUCACGACGACGACGGCGACGAUCACGACUCCUGCUUCUGGCAGUGUGUUAAGCGAUCGAGAGUGAAUGGGGCAGUGAGGCCGAAGAAACGAAAGAAAAUUUCGAAAGAAGGUGAACGAAAAUCCUCAACAAAUUAUUCCUCCACUCGAGGAACUUCUUGUUUGGAAAAAAGAAAAUAAGAUAGUGCCCAACGGUGAUAAGCGUCCAAACAAACAAUGGUGGUACCAACGAUGGAUAGCCUACCGAGGGUGCCAGAUACCCACGGUGACACCGUGGACGAGAAAGUAUUUUCCGACCUGUACAUCCGAACCAGCUGGUUCGAUGCAACGAUAGCACUCGAUCAAAUAGAAAAGGGUAAAGCACGGGGGAGAAGGUCUUCGGUGUACAUGCGCUCCCUGUUCCAGCAAUAUCUAUACAACCUAGGCUGUUCGAUACAGAAACACGCCGGCAAGGUGUUAUUCGUAGCGAUACUAGUGCUCAGUACGUUCUGCGUCGGGUUGAAGUCGGCCACGGUACACUCGAAGGUGCACCAGCUAUGGAUACAGGAGGGUGGUUCGCUCGAGCACGAGCUCGCCUACACACAGAAAUCGCUCGGCGAGAUGGACUCGUCGACGCAUCAGCUGCUGAUACAGACACCAAAGGAUAUGGACGCGUCGAUACUACAUCCGAACGCGUUACUAACGCACCUGGACGUGGUGAAGAAAGCGAUAUCGGUGACGGUGCACAUGUACGAUAUAACGUGGAGUUUGAAGGAUAUGUGCUACUCGCCCAGCAUUCCCAGCUUCGAUACGCACUUCAUCGAGCAGAUCUUCGAAAAUAUCAUUCCGUGUGCGAUCAUAACGCCGCUCGACUGUUUCUGGGAGGGUAGCAAACUGCUCGGCCCAAAGUAUCCCGUACACAUACCUGGUCAAACUAACAAGGUGCAGUGGACGUCACUGAAUCCGCAAACGUUACUAAAAGACAUCAAGGCACAGAACUAUCAAUUUCCGUUCGAAACACUGGAACAGUACAUGAAGCGGGCAGGUAUCAGUACGGGCUACACGGAGAAACCUUGUCUAAACCCAAAGGAUAAACAAUGCCCGGAUACUUCACCGAACAAAAAGUCUGGCCUGGUGCCGGAUAUUGGUGCAAGUCUAACUGGCGGUUGCUACGGGUUUGCGGCGAAAUACAUGCACUGGCCGGAAGAGUUGGUGGUUGGUGGAGCGGUUCGCAACCGAACCCAUCAUCUAAGGUCGGCCAAAGCAUUACAGACGGUUAUACAGCUGAUGGGCGAACGGGAACUGUACGAUUACUGGAACAACCAUUACAAGGUACACCACAUCGGGUGGAAUCCGGAGAAAGCGGCCGAAGUGUUGAACGCUUGGCAGAAGAAAUUUUCUGCUGAGGUGAACAAAAUCAUGCAAACGGAGGUGAAACCAUUGUCGUACUAUGGGGUGUAUGCAUUCUCGUCAGCGACACUGGACGAUAUAUUGGGCAAGCAUUCGAACCCGAACCCGAUCAGUCUCGGCAUUGGCGUUGCGAUCAUCUUGCUGUAUACGGGCUGUACGCUUUUGCGCUGGCGAGAUGGAAUCAAUGGACAGAGUGGUGUCGGUGUGGCCGGUGUACUGCUGAUCACGGUUACAACUGCCGCCGGGUUGGGCUUCUGUGCAUUGCUUGGUAUAGCGUUCAAUGCAUCCACCACGCAGGUGAUACCGUUCCUAGCGCUUGGGCUCGGCGUCGAUCAUAUCUUCGUGCUGACGCAUGCGUAUGCCGAGCGGGACACGAGCGAACAAACCGGCCAGGUGCUGAAGAAGGCUGGCUUGAGUGUUCUGUUUGCCGGUGCCUCCACAGCUGGCUCGUUCUUUGCGGCCACUCUAAUUCCGGUGCCGGCAUUGCGCGUGUUCUGCUUUCAGGGCGCUAUUCUGACGGUGUUUAAUCUCGCUGCUGUGUUGCUUGUCUUCCCGGCGAUGAUCUCACUCGAUCUGCGCCGCCGUCGUUCCGGACGUGCUGAUGUACUGUGCUGCUGUUUGCCAGCGCUUCCCAACACAACGCAUGACCUCAACAAACAACGCUACCAUUAUCAUCAACAAACGCAACAGUCACAGUUGCAGCAGCAGCAACCAUCAUCGGGACAACCACAGAACAAUGCUGAAGCGCAACGACAGGAGGAAGACUCAUUGAUAGAGUGUCAAUCGAAGGCAUGCCUCAGCUUUUCACUGUCCCGCUUCGCGAUGAAACAUUACGCACCCUUUAUAACGCGCAGCUCGGUGAAGGUGUUCGCCAUGCUGCUACUGUCCGGCAUUCUCGGCGUGUCACUGUUCGCUUCGAUGAAGCUACCGGAUGGGCUGGAGCUGACGGAUCUUGUACCGCAAAACACCAACGAGCAUCGGUUCCUGAGCGUGCAGGGUAAGCUGUUCGGGUUCUACAGCAUGUUCGCCGUCACGCAGGGUGACUUUGAGUAUCCGAACAAUCAGAAACUGCUGCACGAAUAUCACGAAGCGUUCGUGCGUGUAUCGCACGUGAUCAAGAACGAUAAUGGUGGGCUGCCCGACUUUUGGCUUAGCUUGUUCCGUGAUUGGUUGCUGAAUCUGCAGCGUGCAUUCGAUCGGGAUUAUCGCGAGGGUCGCAUCACACAGGAACGGUGGUACUCGAAUGCCAGCAAUGAUGCGAUCUUAGCGUACAAGCUGCUCGUACAAACGGGACACGUCGAUAAUCCGAUCGACAAGAGUCUUGUGACGCAGGUUCGGCUGGUGGAUUCGGAGGGUGUGAUCAAUCCGGAAGCGUUCUACAAUUAUCUUUCUGCCUGGGCAUGGAAUGACGUGCUUGCUUACGGUGCAUCACAGGGUAAUUUACGACCGGAGCCACGCGAAUGGUUCCACACACCGUCCGACUUUGAGCUGAAGAUUCCGAAGAGUGCACCACUAACGUACACGCAGCUGCCCUUCUAUCUGCACGGGCUGAGCGAUACGGCCGAUAUCAAGACGAUGAUCAGCCAGAUACGCGAGCUGUGCUCCAAGUUCGAAUCGCGCGGUCUGCCAAACUAUCCAUCAGGCAUUCCAUUCAUCUUCUGGGAACAGUACAUGAAUUUACGACCGGGACUACUAAAAGCUAUUGGAUGUGCUUUGCUAGCGGUGUUUGUUUUCGUCUCACUACUGCUACUAUCAGUAUGGGCCGCGCUUUUGAUCGUGUUCAAUGUGGUGAUGAUGCUGAUACAGCUGCUCGGUGUGAUGAUCCUGCUUGGCAUCAAGCUGUCGGCAAUACCCGCCGUCAUACUGAUCUCGAGCAUUGGAUUGGGCGUUGGAAUAACCGUGCAUGUGUCACUGGGUUUUAUCACAUCGAUCGGUAAUCGGGAUAGACGCGUGAAGCUAGCACUGGAACAUUCGUUCGCACCGAUCGUACAUGGUGUAGUAACGUCCGCACUAGCCAUCUUCAUGCUAUCAACAUCCUCGUUUGAGUUUGUCGUGCGACACUUCUUCUGGUUGCUGCUUUCGGCGAACGUUAUUGCGGCAUUCAACGGACUAUUCUUCUUCCCCAUUCUGCUCAGCCUAGUCGGACCGGGUGCGGAAAUUAUACCGCUACAGUAUGCGAACCGUAUCUCGACACCUUCACCACCGCCGAAACGUAUUAACAAACUGUCCAGCGGGAAACCGAUCGUGCUGAAUAACAAACGUUCGUCGUGUUCGCGCAGCUGCACGAAACCGCAUCACCAUCACAAGCAUAACAAUGUAAAUCUUAGUAAUGAACCUUCGCUUACGACCAUUACGGAAGAACCACAGUCGUGGAAAAGUUCCGCAUCAUCUAUUCCUUCCAUCCACGAGAAGACGACCGGUGGUUCGGUUGGUCAUCAUAGACCAUCCGCUGGGCUGGUGGGUGGAGUUGGUGCUGGUGGUGUUCCUUCCGGGACAUCGCUCGGAGGGAGCAUUAUGAGUGAUGGGAAUCUUAGUGGUGUGGGAGGUGUGUACAGUCACCCCCAUGCGCACCAUUACCAUCACCAUCAUCAUCAGCAGGCACCGGAACUGCAGAGCAUUGUGUUACAGCCGGAGGUAACGGUCGAGACGCAUCAUCAUGGAGGUGAACACCAAAACACCAAGGUGACGGCAACGGCCAACAUUAAGGUGGAGCUGGUAACGCCGGGCCGUGGCACAAGGAUGAUGCACACAACGGCCAGCAGCACUAGCAGUAAUGCGAGCAGCACCGGAAGUACUACGAGCAGUACGGGUAGUUCCGGUAGUGCUAGUAGCUAACAACUCUCAGACUGAGACUGGGUGGGUGAGUGAGUGUGAGUGCUUCGGCAUUAGUGUAUCGCAUCAACACAUACCCUCUGUAGGUUAAGAUGAGCGUGUAGAAAAAAAAGCAAACAAGCAGUAGCAGUAGUAAUAGCAGAAGAAGAAGAAGUAACAAGGAAACUAGACCAAUCUCUACCAAUCGAACGAACCAAUUCACACAUCAAAUCAAAACCAUUCGACCCCUUAGAGCAUUUUCGCUUAGUAUCAUAGUAGAUUCGCGCUAAGAUUCAUUAUUAUAGCAAUUAUUCCAUUUUAUCCCCCUACCCCCCCAUUUACCUGUUCCUCCAUCAAUCCAUUUCCUCUGCUUCUUCGCGGUGUGUAAGAAGUGUGUAAAUAGCGUAAGAAGUGUUUUAAAAGAGAUGAAAACAAUCAUUAUUUAUUUACCCCUCCCCUUCGGUUUUUUAACCUUGUGCACCCCCGAUACACGAACCACGUAUUUUAAUUGUCCUAAUUAAGGGGUAAAGAAUUAUUAGUUUUUUUUAGUUUUUUUUUUGGUGGGAGAAAACGCGUUACAGACGGACAGACAGAAAGUAUUAUUUUGUACACACAUACAUGACACACGUGACUUGUGAGUUUGUCCGAGUGUGAAGUUACAGUUACAUUACUUGUAAAAGGUAUAAAAUUAUCUACCUAUGGGUAGAGAGACAAAGAGAGAGAGAGAGAGAGAGAGAGAGAGAGAGAGAGAGAGAGAGAGAAGUAGAAAAAGAAGGAAGAAUAAUUUUCCCAUUUUGUUUCAUUUCGUUGUAAUGAUUAAAAAGCAAAUUCAAAGGUGACGAAGAUCCUUCAAAGCUUACCUGAUAUAUGUAGGUGAUUCAACUACUAGAUAUAGGAGCUUUAGGAUUCAUGUUCAACUUGCUCAACUUGCUAAUUAAUUUCUUGAUGUACUGAACUAAAUGUUGGAACUGAACUGAUCGCAGUAACAGUUCCAAUUGUUCUUCCCUUCAGAUGCGCACGAAAUGGUUUCACUCAAGCUCAAUUGUACAUUUCUGUUCGUGUACCCUUCCCUUCUCUCUCUCUCGUGCUUCUCUUUCACACAUACACUGAACUGUUCGCUCAUGAUAAGAAUGCUGUGUAAAUAGUAUUCCCCGUGCUUAGACAUAUCGUUAGGCAAGCGUCAUUUAUUGUUUAUAAGUGCUAAAACAAAUGGUGACAGUAAUACAUUUUUUACUGCAACAAAACACACAAAACAAACAAAUAAUUGGGGGCUAUUAACAAUUGUAAUGCAACGCUAAAAAAAGGGGGACAGAAAAAUGAAACAAAACGCCGGAACAAAGUCAGAAUGAAACCAAUCAGUACUUAAAUGUGUAGCGAUUCGUGUUAGUGUAGAAGUUACUGUAUAAGCUAAGGAGAAGGCGUACUGCCUGAACUGAAAAUCAUUUAACCAAUCUUUUGUUAGAUGAUGAUGAUGAUGAGGGUGCGGAUGGCGCGGGCGGAAUGGAGAGGCGGAAAAUGAUUUAUCAUAAAAUACACAAACUCUGAAAUGAAAGAAAAA